CCAUAGUGGUGACGUACGGCGGAUCAAACGUUACGGUUGGGUUCUCUUGGCUUUGUAAUCACCGAGUUGCCUGUCCUUCUAUCCGGGGUUAUCAGGGUGAUCAGAAGGCUAUGAAGAAUAGAUUCAUUCUUCAGAAGUUGAAAUGGCGUCGAAGGGGAUGAACGGCUCUCUGCCGAACUUCGUCGGCGACAACGAGAGACGAGACACCGCGGAUAGCAAGCGUCUGAUUGAGCUGAAGACGUUGUCGGCGAAGUCGAGUGGGUGCUUGGUCACGAAUGGUGAGCACGGUAGACGCGAUGGUGACGAUUCGUCAACGAUUACCAAGGCUUCUUCGCUUUCUCGAGAGAGAACUACAUCGUUAUGGUGUGGCACCGGUAAUCAAAUGCAGUAUAUAGAACGCGUGGUGGCAGGUGUGAAGAUGGGGGACCAUGUUAAGAUGACCGAGCUGGUUAGUAAACUCGGCACGGAAGGGUUUGCAGCAGUCAUCAGAGAACAUGACGUCAGGAAUAAUACUCCACUUCACUAUGCCGCCCUCAACGAUGACAUCCUGAUGACGAAACUUCUGCUGCAGUAUGGGGCAGAUGUUAACGCCAUAGGAGAAGGUGGAAAGCACCCUCUUCACUUUGCUGCAAUACGAAGGGUUAUCGACAGAGGAAGCCCGAGUCGGGUCAAUGAUAGCGGAGACGCCUCGUCAUUUACAAUGCCGACCGAAGCAUCAUACUCUCAGCAUUCAGAUGAAAACGAGAAAUCUGAUCAGGAAGGACAGCGACCCCGACAUUCGAUUUCCCUAAUGAACCUGAGUUUCCUAAAGAAGGACAAGAAGAAGGGCAAGAAGAACAAGAAGAAAAAAUCCUUCAAGUCUGAGCUUCCACUGCAAGUCGAUAGUGAUGAGGAAAAACCUUUCAUAGCCGGCAGUCUUCGGUCGCUGAGUCAAUCCUUGGACAUGCUGGACGAACUUGACGAGAAUCCGAAUGACAAAAAACACGGGAACGAAGAGGGUAACGAGGCCGCUGCCGUCGACGAGAACGUUGUCGAUAUCUUGCUCAAGGCAGGAGCAAACGCGAGCGCCAAAGACGCCAAGGGUAUGACUCCCCUCCAUCUUGCCUUCAUGAAGGCCAACAUGGAUGCUUUCAAACGCCUCCUAUCUGUACCGGAACUGGACAUCAAUGCCCAAGACAGACGAGGUGCCACGCCGCUCUUCCACGCCUGCAAGUCAGGCAACACAGACGGGGCCUUGAUCCUGAUCAACAGAGGGGCGGAUAUUCUCAUUUCUGAUGUCAAUGGAGAUACGCCCCUUCAUGUAGCAGUGAGGCAUUCACACACAUUGAUCGUCACGGCAUUGAUAGAAGUAGCGGAGGGAAGAGGAGAAAUUAAUCAGGUGAUGCUUGAUGAGAAUUCCCGCGGGGUCAUUCCUCUUUACGAUGCAAUCAGAUGCGGACAUAGGGACCUAUUCAAAACCAUUCUCAGCAACGUUUCCACCAGCAUGCCUCAGACGAAUGGCCUGGACAUUGAGAAGCUGGUCAAUUUCGCCAGUCGGGACAACGACGACACCCUCCUUCACGUGGCCGCCGCAGCCGGGUACCAAGACAUCGUCGAAUGUCUAAUCAAUAACGGCGCCAUGGUCAACAGGGUCAAUUUCGACGGCCAAACGCCGAUGCAUUUCGCCUGCGAAAAGAACAACGAGAGUAUUGCACUUUGCCUGGUUGAAAAUGGCGGUGAUGUAAACAUCGUAGACAGCGCUGGCCUGAACCCGCUACAGGUGGCUGUGAACUAUAACAGCUUUGAAACCUUGAUGACUCUGUUGCAGUCCAUCUCAGGUGCGUCCGGAGGCCAGUCUGAUGAAGCUACGGACAUACUGCAGUGGUCAGCAGCCAACAAUAAGGCAGAUAUACUCAGGAAGAUUCUUGAUUAUGAAUUCCGUUUUCAUGAGAUGACUGAUAGGGGGAUAAUGGACUUCAUCAUGGGAGCAGUCAAAAGGAAACACGGCGAAACUGUACACGUAUUGGUACGUUGGAACAGGGCUGUUGUGGACCAUCGUGAUGAGCUCGGAAACACACCUCUUCAUUACGCCGCAGAGGGAGGGCAUCACGACAUCGCCAGGGAACUUAUUCUAGCCAAGGCCCAAGUCAAUGCCAAGAACGGUGAAGAUCUAGGUGGUCUGGCACCUCUCCAUUACGUAGCUGCCCGUGGCUGGACGAGAACAGCUCAUGUUUUGCUCGACUCUCUGGCAAAUAUCGACCAGACGGACAACCAAUCGAUGACACCCCUCCACCAUGCCUGUAGAGACGGCAAUAUCAACAUGGUCGACCUGCUCCUCAACGGCAAGGGAGCUGGAACCGUUACCAAACCAGCCGACGUCACAAUACAGGACGCCAAGGGACUGAAUUGCCUCGAUCACGCAAUCGACAACGACCACGAGACAAUCGCCAAGAUGAUCAUAACUCACGACAGAUGGCUGGAGGUGAUGUCAGUAUCGAGUCUGGAUGAAGAGACUGGGUACCGCACAACGCCGAUGCGGAAGCUGAUUUGCUCGAUGCCAGAUGUUGCCAGGAUGAUACUGGACCGGUGCAUUACAGUCACAGGGGGGACAAAAAUUCGAGAUAAAGACGUCCAUAUAGAAUUUUACUAUGAACUUCUGGAAGACUCGUUUUCACGGUGGAUGCGGCCGGUGGAUGACGAGCCCGAUGCCGGCGGCGGGGUGUUAAAUUCCUUAUUGAAUCGGAUGUACAAUAGGGUAUCGACUAGACUUCCAUCCGACAUCAAUGUACAGUAUGACGAAAAAGAUCAUUUACUCAAAUCCUCUACUCCUUUCAUUCGAGACGCAGUGGAAAGAAAUGAUAACCACCCUGUUCAGUUGAUGAUUUCGUCCACUCGUGUGGAGCUUUUAGACCACCCCCUCGUUACGACAUUCCUUGAGCACAAGUGGAGAUCGUUCGGUCGUUACAUCUUCUACGCGGGUUUCCUGAUAUACAUCACGUUUCUUGCAAUGCUGACCGGAUACAUAGUCGUAAUUCCACCCGAUUACUAUGUCCGAUCUGUCAACCAUUCUGUCGAUCCAGAUGCAAUUACAUGGUUUGGAAACGGGGAGCAGCUAUGGAUUGAAGAUGUUCCAUCUGCAGUCAUCCUUCUUUUUGAUGUCUUUGGCCCGACCGCAAUCAUGAUUCUGUCGAUCAUGAAUAUUCUGAGAGAGUUAGGACAGAUGUUCGUUCAGAGGUUCUCAUAUUUCCGGGAUGGAGGAAAUAUCAUGGAGUUAUUUCUUUACAUAUUCGCCAUUAUAUUCUCAGUGCCUUUCAGUCACAUCGACUACGUGGCUAAUGGAAGAAUAAAAAAGCAUUGGCAGUGGCCGAUAGGUGCCGCAGCAGGCUUCCUGGGAUGGAUCAAUCUCCUCCUCUUUAUAAGGUGUAACUCCAAACUCGGGAUCUAUGUUAUCAUGUUCAUAGAUAUCUUCAAGACUUUUCUCCGAUUCAGUUUCAUUCUCUUUCUGUUCGUCAUGGCCUUCGGUAUCGCAUUCUACGCUCUUCUUCUGAAUCAGAAUCCAUUCCACUCCUUUUUCGAUUCCUUGGCCAAGACGUUUGUGAUGAUGAUCGGUGAGCUGGAUUAUGCCGAUAUAUUCUACGGCCAGGACUACCUAGGAACAUCGAACACCCUGGAAGGAGACGGAGAGGCAGCCUACUUUAUGAAUUCAAAUUUCUAUGGACGGCUCUCCCAACUUUUCUUUAUGUUAUUUCUCAUCGUCAUGGCAAUUCUCAUGAUGAAUAUGAUGGUUGGUUUGGCCGUUGAUGACAUCCAGGCAAUCCAGGAAAAGGCAAAUCUGCAUAGUCUUACCAUGCAGGCUAGUAUGGCACUGGAGAAUCAGUCCAAGUUCCCUCUGUGGCUCUGGAGGAGAUCAGUAUCUCGAAGGAAGAAGUUUCUCUUGAACGAGGUCAAACUGAGGAAAUGGCUUCGACGGCUGACUGGCGGAAGAAAACAACUCAAGAGGGCGUUAGCGAUCAGUCAUGAUGCAGAGAAUCCUUUAAGCAUUGAGUCGCCCCAAGAAGAGGCCUACGAGAAAAUCAAAGACCGAAUCAAGGACGUCAGUCUGAAGGUUGAACAAGCAACGGUUGAAAUGUUAGAAGAAGCCAAGAAAAGAGAUGCCCAGUUGGAACACCUGAGUGGAGAACAGAAAGUCCUUCAUGACCGGGCAGAUCAUCUACAGUCAACGCAGGAACGCCUUGGUGAUAGCAUGGAGAUCAUGCAUAGAAAGAUGGAUGUGAUGAUCAAGAAACUGAAGAUUAAGCAAAAGAACGUCGAAGGCCUGUUUAGACCUUAAAGACGUAAACCAUUGUUAGAAUUGCAAUCAAUAUAAGAAGGACGUUUUGGAAAUUUGCUACUGAAUUAUUGAGUAACCUUCGAAACAUUUAAAUCUCCACUGUUAUCUUUUUAAACGCCCAAGCAGUUCUAUAUCUAUCUUGGGUUACUUUGCCGUUUGUAGGAAACUAUACGUUGCCAAUCCGAUCAGAGUAGAAUUGUUCCAAAAAUUCUGCGCAGGUCAUAAUGACUAUGCAUUUGCUAGCGAUAAGCGUCGGUAUCAUCCUUUGUGUUAGCUUUUAAUGUCAUUUCAAGUCAAAUGUUAAUCAAAAACGUCCGAUUUUUUAAAAUUCUAUCGGGAGAUGAAGUAAAUAGUGAUGAAGCAUUUUUAAUAGUCAACGCAAAUUGUCAAGCAGUAUUUAACCAUCAGUGGUAACUUCGAUUGCUUUCUUAUUUGUAACUAAUGAUCCUGACCGAAAUAAUUACAUGCUUGCGUCAUAAAGAGAUGCUUGAUGAGCUGCCACUUUUCGUCAUGCACUCACGACACGCAGACCCAGCUCAACCAAUGCGGAGCAGCGAUAGAGUGCACGGCGCAUGGGUCUCUGCUGAUUGGACGCGCACCACGAAAGAGGUCAUUCAGCACUGCACGGACAUGUCAGGAAGAGUACCCUGGCCAAAUAUUCUUUAAUACUCUUUGUGCGCUGGGCCAUGAACCCCUUCUGUGCUAAAUUAUUUUCAGAGAUGGAAAGAACGCAUUUUUGCUUGAGCGUGAAAUGUAAAUAGUUAGCGCGGCACCGAUUGUGCGUUGGUGGGAAGUUCGCAUGGAAAUCGAUGGUUGCACCACAAACACUGGAGGGCGCACUAUCAGCGACUAGUAGUGUAGUCCUGACAACUAGACAAACGCCAUAAAUACCAGUCUGAUGUUAAGAAAACAGAUGACAUGUAAAUCGAGUGCCUCAACCUGUGACUUCAGGCAUAGUACUGCGCGUCGAUAACAGUAUGAUCCAUACACAACCUACUUGCAGGCCGUGCCAUUUUAAACAACUCACCAGUAUGCUAGAUUCACACCCCAGUCGUUACCACACUGUAAAAAAUAAAGUGCUAAGUUAGCACUAAACAGUGCUUGUAUAGUGAUUGCAAUAUAAACGAGUGCUG